UUAUGGAUCAAUUAGGGUGGGUAAUACAAAACUUUGAACGUGUAGAUCCAAUUCAGCUGUUAGGAAGGGAGAAUUCUCCAAAUGGUACAACGGCCUUUUUCGAAGUACUUCUCGACCCAUUUUUACUAAUAGGCGUGAAUAAAUUGUUCAUUGACAUUUUG